AUGCAAAAACUUUGCUCAACUCAAUGUCACAAUGGUUGUCCGAAUAUUGUUGAUCUAUACAAUAAUCUUGCCGUUGGCGAAGGUGUAUAUUUACCGAGUUUAUGUCAAGCACAAGGAAAUAGCAAACGAAGAGGGAUGAGCGAGAUAAGGAGCUCGGGCUAUGUUGGCGCACCUGGACCCAUGGUGCCUGUGAAAUUCAUGGUUGAUGGUUCCCUGGCAAUGGCCCCGUCCCCUUCUGAUUCCUGUUAG